UGGUCAGCUGAUUUUGACAUAGCGUGGGUGGGCAGAAACUGUUGUAAGGAUUCAUUCAGGCGAUCGAACGUCAACAAAACAAUUUGGCGAGAUGGACCGUGAUCGGUCUUAGCCGUCUAACUAGACACCCCAAAGAAAAAAAAAAAAACAAUUUUUAGCUCAAAAACAAUAAACGUGAAAUUCACGGCAUAAACAACGUUUUUCGUGCUCAGUUCGUGAAAAUACCUCCCCAGUGAAAUGCGGUGCAUAGUGCCCUCCUGCAGACGUGAUUUCAAUGUUGGCUCGUCGGACUACUCGAAGCACGCAUUCCCGAGAAAUUUGGCCCGGCGGAACCAGUGGAUCAAAGCCAUUGCCUUUUCCGAGAGACGUGCCAAGUUGAAUGCGAACAUCAAUUUUCUCAACGCUAGAAUUUGCUCCGACCACUUCACUGCGGAUUGCUUCAAGCCGGAUAGAGGGAAGAACAUUCUCUACAAAACGGCAAUCCCAACGCAGUUCGGAUCAAAGACUGUGGACCCCGAAAAUUUGUCCACUCUACACGUUCCGAAGGAACCCGAGCCGAAGGACGUUCCGGCAGAAGAACCACAAAUCAAAACGAAGCGGCUCCUUGACGAAGCACUUCGCUGUGUCCAAAGACGUGCAACAGGCAAGGCGUCAACCGACAGCGUGUUCAAUUUGAAGAAGUUUCCACAGGUGUGCCGUAUGUGUUUGCAGCCUAACUCUUGCCACGCCGUGAUGGUGUCUCUCAGCAACACUGAAGAUCCGGUUUUUGGUGGGAAAAGUAUCGGAGAUUUCAUUGCUACCAUCACGUCCCCCGAAAUUAUUUUCGAUCAGGACAAACAAUCUCAUCUACCUGAAGCAAUCUGCCUACAAUGCUUGGAGCUGUUAAAGUUCUUCGCCAAAUAUCGUUCCAAGAUGGUAACGGCCCACCUUCUGAUGGGUGCUAUGGUCGAACUGAAGCUGAAGUCCAAUUCCGGUCCGCUCCUGGACCUUUUCAACGCCAAAUCCAACCAUGUGCGCGCGCUGAUCAAAGAUCUUGGCUUGUGCAACUUGGACGAUUACUCCGUCCAGGACUUGUUGGACGAGUUUCCUUCGUACGAUUUGCCGUCUCCUGAAGGCGUUUCGAAAGAGGAAGAUCAAGACCAGCACCUAAGCGAAGAAAGGAAGCCAGAAAUGGUACAUCUGGAGACAAAGACAGAAGUAGUCUUUGCCGAGGAAGGUGUGGUUGGUGAUGAAGAGAUGAACGAAGAUUCCAUGGAUUCCCCGGUUGCUGGCGAUGAGCAAAUGACUGAUACUAAGAAGCCCCCCACGAAACCCAAAUCUAAGGGAAAAAAAUUCGAUGAACCGCUUAAGUGUCCCAAAUGCCCUUUUACGACGCACUUCAAAGGACCAUUCCGGACCCACCAAAGAGUGCACGAGAAACGGGAAUCCACGAGGGAGUACACGUGCAAGGUGGCAGGAUGCUCGGAGGUUUUCACCUCAUGGGAUGAUUAUCGACGACACGGCCCAGUGGCACACAAGCGGUUCAUCUGCGAUACGUGCGGACUGAAGUGCUCUGCUUUGGGGGUUUUGAAGGAUCACAAGGCUCGCCAUCUGAACAAGCAGGAGCACAUUUGCUCGUAUUGCCAACGAGGGCACAAUACGAUUACCGAUCUGCGGAAGCACAUCCAGGUGUACCAUCUGGGCGUCGCCAAUUACUUGUGUGAUACGUGCGGAUUGGCUUUCCGGAAGAAGGCCACCCGGGACGAACAUCAACUGGGUCACAGCGAUGUGUACGCGUUUGCCUGCAAGAUGUGCGACAAGAAGUUCAAAAAGAAACCGCAGCUGCAGAAACAUAUCAACAUCAUCCACGAAAAGGUCCGCAUUCCUUGUCCGCAUUGCGAGAAACAAUUUCCGACCCAGUAUCUUCUGAACAGCCACAUCGAGUGCGCUCACAACAUCCAAACCAGAUUCACGUGCGAUGUUUGCGUGGCAACGUUCCGAAGUCAGGAGACGUUGGACAACCAUCGAGCACGGCACGACAAUCCCCACGAUCUCGAGUGUGCAAGGUGUUUGAUUUUGUUCCCCUCCCAGGAACAGCUCGGCGAUCAUCUAUGCAUCACUUACAGGGACGACUACGUAUGCUGCGGACGAGACCUACGGUAUCAUGGCAUGUACAACAGGCAUAUGCAACUGGAGCAUGGCAUAACGACGAACGCGCGAGUCAAACCGGUUCCGGGAGCACUGAUGGCGAAGAUGAUAGCCCAACGGAAACGCAUCGAGACCUGUCCCAAGUGUAAGCAAACGUUUGCCACGAGGACCCUUAAGAAGCAACACGUGGAAACCUGCAUGGGUUCUGCGGAGCAAAACGAUAGUGAUAAUUAUGGAGAUGGUGAUGUGAAUCCUUCAAGUAGUUUUAAAAUGUAAUUAAUAAAACGAUUUAAAACUAUGAUGCUACGGAUUUAUCUGUAGAUAAUUGUA